AUGCCGAUCACGAGAGCCUUGUCGAGCCGCCUGCGCUCCGGGUCGCGCCGACAGUCGACGCCCGCUUCUGCGAUCAACCACCCAACCGAGGAUGUAUCGGUGCUCAAGAGCCAGGCUCAGGCAGCAGCCGCCGUGGUGGAGCCUGCGCGCGCACUGGUGGCCAGCGCCCUCGCUCAGCUCAACGUCCACACCACCGCCAAGGAUGCAGGCUCGACUUCGGGCUCGAGCUCCUACGCUGCCAGCACCGCCGCCUCGACCACUUCGACAUCCUCAAGGCCUCGCUACUCGCGGGGCACCAGUCGCCUGUCGUCUCGGCGCUCGGUGCUCGGCAGCUCCGAGUUUGGCGACUCGUCCGAUGAUGAGAACGACGACAAAGGUCAGCAGCGCAGGAUCGGCGGAUGCUCCUCCCGAAUCACUACCGCCCACCAGCCGGACGACAGCAACAAGGAGAACGUCGCCCCCUUCCGCUGCACCUCCCAAGACGUCCUCGACGCCGAGGCUCGUGACGUCCAGCACGAACACGCCAUCCGUCGCACCACGCCUUGUCGCCGCACCAGCCUCAUGGAGCGCCCCUCGUUUGCACCUUCACCACGCCUCAGCCGCAGCUCCACCGUGUCCGACCUUUCCGCUUCCUCCCAAGCGCGCGAUGCAGCUUCCAAUGCAGCUUCCCAGCCGUCACGCAGCUCGGCUCGGCUCAGCCUGCCUGCCCCUUCUUCCAUCCCGAGAACCCCCUCGAGGAGAUUGACGCGCACAGCUUCGGACCAACACGUAUUCAGCUCCUCGCCCACCAGUCGCACAACAACAGACUCCACUCCAACCCGUCGACCCUCGGCGCUCUCAGCCUCGGGCAGGAAACGAUCGCGCAACGACUUCGACCUGGAGCACGCAGACGAUGCCGCCACGCCCGCCAGCCCGCUCUCCCGACUCCGUCUCAACACCCCUACCGCUCGCCGACAUGCCGCCCACCUCCUCGACAGCCCCUCGUCGUCUCGCAUCUCUAGUCUCGCUACCCCCGACGAGCUGUCCGGCUCCUACUUCCCACUCUCGUCCCAGGACUCGGCGCAGAGCUCGCUCUUUGACUGCCAAAGCAUCGCAGGCAGCUCCUCGGCACCUACUUCAUCCUGCUCCUCGGACCGCGACGUCUCGCCUCCCGUUCACGCUGCCAUGCUCAAGUCGGCCGCUGCCGACAGGUACUCGAGCGUCUACGCCCACGCUAGGGCCUUGCUCCGAUACGCUGCUGGUGUCGACCCCGCAGAGACAGAGGCCGGCCUGACCAUCACCGGCGCCACCACUGCCAGCCACGGAGAGAAUCACGUCAAGGUGGUGGGCCGCGAGUCCGAGCGCGUGGCCAUCCAGCUGUUCCUCAGCCAAUCCUUUGGCCUCUUUGCCGACGCCCCGCAGCGUGCGCGUGCGCUCGGCGUCGAGCUCGACGGCGACUCCGAGGCCGCCUGUCUCUACGUCUGCGGCCUGCCCGGAACCGGCAAGACGGCGCUCGUGCGUUCGGUGCUCAACAGCCUCUCGCAGUCCACGGGCUCGUCGGCCGCAGCGCGCCUCGUCCCGCGCGUCGCCUUUGUCAACUGCAUGACGCUCUCCCAUCCGCGUCUCAUCUUUGCCAAGGUGCUCCAGGCGCUCGGUUCUAACGCCGCCGAGGGCCAGUCGGACGCCGUCGCCGAAGCCCAACUAUCGACGCUCAUCCGCGACGGCAACCAGCGCAUCCUCAUCGUCCUCGACGAGAUGGACCACCUCCUCCAGAGCCGCGCACACCAGAACAUACUCUACAAGCUCUUCUCCUGCGCCAACAAUCGCGGCUGCAGCCUCAUCGGCAUCGCCAACUCGCUCGACCUCACCGAGCGCUUCGUUCCACUCCUCGCCAGCAAGGGCGCCUCCCCCGCCCUGCUCCACUUCCGCCCCUUUGAGGCAAACGAGAUCGUCUCGGUCAUUCGCGACCGUCUCUCGGGCCUCCACGCGCGCUACGACGAUGACAGCGACGAGCAGCAGCAGCAGCAGCAGGCGGCUUCCGAAGCAGACGCGCUUCCGCUCUUCACCCCGACCGCCGUCGAGCUGCUUGCCAAGAAGAUCGCCGGCGCGACGGGUGAUCUGCGCAAGGCGCUCGAUGCCGCGCGUCUGGCGGUGGAGAUGGUGGAGAACGAGCAGCGCAAAAAGGCGGUCGCCGAGGCUGAAGCCGAGCGCGUCAAGGCUGCAGCCAACGCCGCGACGGUGUCGGAGCAGGCGGCGUCGGAGCAGGACAUGGCGCCAGCGUCUGCACCUGCGCCGACGGCCGAGGAGCAUGCGGCGGGACGCGCGACGGUGCUGCGCCACCUCACGCGCACAAGCGCACCCAAGGCGACGCCGACGCACAUCCUCAAGGUGCUCACUGCGGUGCUGGGCUCGCCGAACCUGUCCAAGGUGCGCAGUCUGGGUGUGCACCCCAAGCUCGUGCUGCUUGCCGUGCUCGUUGCGCAGGCGCGUGCCGAGCAGGGUCUCGGUGUGCUUGGCAGCCCCGGCACGAGCGUUUCGGCGGGUGGGGGGCUGCGCAUUGCGGAUGUCGAGUCGACGUACCACGCGGUGCUCAAGCAGGAGAACGGGCUGUUUUCGCCGCUCGAGGGCUCGGAGCUCCUGGGCGUGUUUGACAUGCUCGAGGUGAACGGUGUGAUCCGCAUCUCGAGCGACGUCGAGGCCUCUCUGGCUCCCGGUGCGGGUGGGGCUGUGGUUAGUAGUGGGGUGAGUCCGAGUGGCAAGCGGGCGGCCAAGAAGCAGUUGCUGGCGAGCAGUAGGCGGGUGUACCUCGCCAUGGCUGCCGACGACGUCACGCGCGGAAUCACCACCUCGGCCCCCGCAAGUGCGACGGUGGGGGUGGCGAAUGGAGGUGUGGCGGUGGCCGAGACAAUCGCACGUGUGUAUGCGCGCGAGAAGGAUCGUGCCGUCAAGGCCAAGAUGUACCACUCGAUUGCAACCGAAAACGCACGCAUCCGUCAGGAGGAACUGGGCGGUGGACGCAUGGCUGUUCCCAUCGGCUCGUUCUAA